UCAUGCAGAGAUGAAUGCCAUUUUGAACAAGAACUCAACUGAUGUCAAGGGAUGCACAAUAUAUGCCGCUCUUUUUCCGUGCAAUGAGUGUGCAAAGCUGAUUAUCCAGUCUGGUAUCAAAGAGAUUGUUUAUUGCUGUGAUAAGUAUCAUGGAAGAUCUGAGUUUGUGGCCUCAAGACGUCUUCUUGAUAUGGCAGGAGUGAAGUACUGGCAAUUUGUGCCGAAGAACAAACAGGUCAUCAUUUCCUUCUCAGACGCUGAAGGUACUCAAAAUAUAGCUGACUAACUCAAUAGGUUGUAGUAUUAGAGAGUAUUCAUAUUAGAGAAUUAACUGACCAGAUGGGCCAUUAUUUAAAAUGGCUGUUACUCAAUGUACACUUUCAGAGUAGAAAAAAGCUUUAAUUUGUUA